CUGUAAAUGAGAGAGUCUUCCACUGCUGAUACCGUCAGCAGUGCGUGAUGAGACACGACAGACAUCUGCAGUGAUACCGAGUCAGGAUCGGGACAGCUGCACUAACGCACCUCAGUCAUCUGGAGCAAGAAUAACUUUACCCCAUCUCAACAUAAAACGCGUCUUCUCAUGAUGAUGACCUUGUGCCUGGAAACCAUUACCUGCGCACUGUUGUUCCUUUCACCCUUUGUGACCACCUACCCAGCUGACAUAGAGAAAGGACGGAGGAGAGUGGUUCAUGUAAUGGAGGAUGAUACUGGGGCAGUGAUAGUACAAACUGCUCCAGGUAAGGUGGUCACCCAUCGCGGUGGGACUAUCACCCUUCCCUGCCGUUUCCACCAUGAACCAGAGAACGUCGACCCUUACCGCAUUCGCAUCAAAUGGACGAAGAUUUCUGAUUCUUUCCAGUUUGAAGACGUGUUUGUUGCUCUGGGGCGACAACAGAAGGUAUUUGGGUCUUACCGUGGCCGUGUGUCUCUGGAGAGGGCAGGACCAGGAGACGCUUCAGUUAUAAUUCACAACAUCACCUUGCAAGACUAUGGCCGCUAUGAGUGCGAGGUCACCAAUGACAUGGAGGAUGACACAGGAUUUGUCAAUCUAGAUCUUGAAGGUGUGGUGUUCCCAUACUAUCCUCCAUCCGGACGCUACAAGCUGAACUACCACCAGGCUGAGGAUGUGUGCCGACAGCAAGAUGCUAUUCUGGCCUCCCAUGCACAACUACACAAGGCUUGGCUUGAGGGCUUGGACUGGUGUAAUGCCGGCUGGUUAGAAGAUGGCUCGGUCCAGUACCCCAUCUCCCAUCCUCGAGACCAAUGUGGCCGUAAGGACAGCCCUCCCGGUGUCCGCAACUACGGCUACAGGCACAAAGAUGACGAACUCUUUGAUGCUUUUUGCUUUACCUCGAACCUCAACGGACGUGUUUACUUUCUCAAACGUUUUAAGAAGGUAAACUACCUUGAGGCGGUAAAGGCAUGUCAACGUGAUGACGCAGUGAUAGCCAAAGUCGGUCAACUGUAUGCCGCUUGGAAGAUCCAGCUCUUGGACCGUUGUGAGGCAGGAUGGGUGGAAGAUGGCAGCAUUCGUUACCCCAUAGUCAAUCCUCGGACCCGCUGUGGUGGCCCAGAACCCGGUGUCCGAAACCUGGGUUUCCCUGAUAAGAAGUUCCGCCUCUACGGAGCCUACUGCUUCCGCAGGAACCCUGAUGUCCAGUCAACACAGGCUCUGAAAGAAACCACAUCCAAACCAGCUAACAGCACCAGAAGUAUCUGACAGUGCAAAAUACUAGUUACUAGCAUCAUGGCUUCCA